AUGCUAAAAAAGCAAAUUUGCUCGUCACUGUGGUAUUGGACAUUAAAUUUCACAAUUUUGAAAAACACUCUAGCUGGGGGAAUUUCGAUCGUUGCUGGUUAUGUCACAGUAAUAGUUUGUCGGUACUAUGAUAUCUGGAAAACUAAAGAACUUUCGCAAAACGAUAGAAGACCAAAGUUGGAUCAUUUACGUUCCCUAACUCUGUCUCACAAUAAAAUAACGGAAAUACCUCAAGAGAUAUCAACUCUGCAAACUUUAGAACACCUGAAUCUCUUUAAUAAUUGUAUUAUGGAUAUCUCUCCAAAGAUUGUGGAGUUAACAUAUUUACGGUCUUUAAAUCUUGGGAUGAAUAAGCUGUCUGUCUUACCUCGCGGUUUCGGUGCUUUCCCUUCCCUCGAAAUUCUCGACUUGACAUAUAAUAACUUAAAAGAAACUAGUUUACCUGAUAAUUUCUUCAACUUGGUAACACUUAGAGCUCUAUACCUGUCAGACAAUGAUUUCGAACGCAUUCCACCUGGCAUUGGAAAGCUUUUGAAUUUGGAAAUAGUAAGGUUUAACAUUUUAAUUGAAUCAACAAAUUAG